AUGCUAAUGAGUGCGUUCCCACAGUCCCGCUCCGGUGUUGCCGUUUCCUCUGACUGCCAAGACGCCUUCAACGACCUCCAGUUCGGCAAAAAAACAAAAUUCAUCGUCUUCCGCCUCAACGACGCCCGCACCGAAAUCAUCGUCGAAAAGACCUCCAACUCGGCCGAUUACGAAGAGUUCUUGGCGUGUUUGCCGGAGAAUGAUUGUAGGUAUGCGGUUUAUGACGUGGAGUUUGAGAAGGCUGGGGAGGGGAAGAGGAAUAAGAUUGCGUUUUACACUUGGUCUCCUGACACCGCUCCCAUCAAGUCCAAGAUGGUUUACGCUUCCUCCAAAGAAUCUCUGCGCCGCUCAUUCAACGGUAUCGGUGCCGAAAUUCAGGGAACCGAGUUUUCUGAGGUCUCGUGGGAUGCUGUGUUGGAGAAGAUGAUGAGGGUGUAA